CUUGGCAUUAGUUGUUUCACAGAAGCUGGAAAAGAUUUAAUUUUCAAAGUCGUCACUAUGAAGUUCAUCGCUGUCGUCUGUCUUAUGUUCGCCCUUUUGGGCCUUAGCCUGGCACUUAAGCAUCCUGACUGUGGUCUGCCGCCUGCUUCCGAUGGCAAUGGUCUUAUCAAGUGCGCCGGCUAUGUUCCCAGUUUCAGUUACUAUCCGGAGGAGAACUCCUGCAAGGACUUUAUUUAUGGCGGAUGCGGUGGCAACAACAAUAGGUUCUUUGCAAAGGAGGCUUGCGAGUCCAAGUGCAAGGAAUAAACGAUUAUCCGAAAUAACCAUUACCCAUUAUGUGAUUAAAAAUUUAAAAUAAAAUUAAAGAAUGCAAAACGUUA